AUGAAGGCUGCCUACACCGCCUAUCGAUGCCUCACCAAAGAACUAGAAGGCUGCGCCAUGAACCCGGAGCUGACAAUGGAAAGUCUGGGCACUUUACACGGGCCGGCCGGCGGCGGCAGCGGCGGGGGCGGAGGCGGGGGCGGCGGGGGCGGCGGCGGGGGCCCGGGCCAUGAGCAGGAGCUGCUGGCCAGCCCCAGUCCCCACCACGCGGGCCGCGGCGCUGCCGGCUCACUGCGGGGCCCGCCGCCGCCGCCAACGGCUCACCAGGAGCUGGGCACGGCGGCAGCGGCAGCGGCGGCGGCGUCGCGCUCGGCCAUGGUCACUAGCAUGGCCUCGAUCCUGGACGGCGGCGACUACCGGCCCGAGCUCUCUAUCCCGCUCCAUCACGCCAUGAGCAUGUCCUGCGACUCGUCCCCACCCGGGAUGGGCAUGAGCAACACCUACACCACGUUGACGCCGCUCCAGCCGCUGCCGCCCAUCUCCACCGUGUCGGACAAGUUCCACCACCCGCACCCUCACCACCACCACCCCCACCACCAUCACCACCACCACCACCACCAGCGCCUGUCGGGCAACGUCAGCGGCAGCUUCACCCUCAUGCGCGAUGAACGCGGGCUCCCGGCCAUGAACAACCUCUACAGCCCCUACAAGGAGAUGCCGGGCAUGAGCCAGAGCCUGUCCCCGCUGGGCGCCACGCCGUUGGGCAACGGGCUGGGUGGCCUCCACAACGCGCAGCAGAGCCUGCCCAACUACGGGCCGCCGGGCCACGACAAAAUGCUCAGCCCCAACUUCGACGCGCACCACACUGCCAUGCUGACCCGCGGUGAGCAGCACCUGUCCCGGGGCCUGGGCACCCCGCCCGCGGCCAUGAUGUCGCACCUCAAUGGCCUGCACCACCCGGGUCACGCUCAGUCCCACGGGCCAGUGCUGGCACCCAGCCGCGAACGUCCACCCUCGUCCUCGUCGGGCUCGCAGGUGGCCACAUCUGGCCAGCUGGAGGAGAUCAACACCAAAGAGGUGGCCCAGCGCAUCACCGCCGAGCUGAAGCGCUACAGCAUUCCGCAGGCGAUCUUCGCGCAGAGGGUGCUGUGCCGGUCUCAGGGGACUCUCUCCGACCUGCUCCGGAACCCAAAGCCGUGGAGUAAACUCAAAUCUGGCAGGGAGACCUUCCGCAGGAUGUGGAAGUGGCUGCAGGAGCCGGAGUUCCAGCGCAUGUCCGCCUUACGCCUGGCAGCAUGCAAACGCAAAGAGCAAGAACCAAACAAAGACAGGAACAAUUCCCAGAAGAAAUCCCGCCUGGUGUUCACUGACCUCCAACGCCGAACACUCUUCGCCAUCUUCAAGGAAAACAAGCGCCCAUCAAAAGAGAUGCAGAUCACCAUUUCCCAGCAGCUGGGCCUGGAGCUCACAACCGUCAGCAACUUCUUCAUGAACGCCCGGCGCCGUAGCCUGGAGAAGUGGCAGGACGACCUGAGCACCGGGGGCUCCUCGUCCACCUCCAGCACUUGUACCAAAGCCUGAUGGAAGGACUCUUAGUUGGGCACAAGUCAUUUCCAAAUGAGUAAAACACAUACCAAAAGAAAACACAAAGGAAAAAGACACUGGAUUCUUAGCUGGGGCCCUUCACUGGUGAUUUGAAAGCACAAUUCUCUUGAAAAGAAACUUCUAGCUGUAAUCAUAGGCCAGGUGUUCUUUUUUGUUUUGUUUUUAAUGGCUAUGGAGCCCAAGUGAAAGCUGGAAAUGAAUCUCUUUGAACCGGACUUUGUCCUCUGAGCAUGCUGAGCAUCUCAGAAACCCAAAUGGGGCCUUCCUGGAGCAAGUUCAUUUCAGUGUAGUGUCAACCAAGCUCAGGAUUGCUUAAAAUGUCAACAGCCCCACUUGGGGAGUUUUUCAACCUCUUGCAGUCAGAGUUCUCACAAGUAACCGUGGGAAUUCCAUCUGAGUUUGGGCUCCCAAGAUGCUACUUUAAGAGAAGACUCUAGCAACCAGAAUGACCUCAUUUGAUUUUCAAGUGCUUAGCCACAUCACACCACAUACACCAAAGUUCACAGCCAUAACAUAAAAAACAUCGGAUAUGAUAAUUACUGAGCACAAGUAUUAAAUAUGAAGUUAAAAACAAACAAACAAACAAACCCAAGGACCUGUUUUUCCAACUCAGGCAUCUUUUCAUUGAAUGGUUUUGAAAGAUUUAUGUUGGUCCAGUUUACAGUUUUCUUUUCUUUACCUCCUGUAAAUCUAAUAUGGUCUUGGAUCCAUCAAAACAACAAAUCAGUUCACUUGAGCUCAAAGUAUCAAGCACAACAAAGAUAAACAGAGAAGAAAGGAAGGUUUUGGAUUCACCACCUCUGGAUUUUCAAGACACCGAUUGGGAAGUGAUUAGGGAAUCAUUGGGAAUAAGGCUUCAAGCACAUUUUGCAGUUUGCUACAAAUUCUGUU